UAUGCAGUAUACGAUGGGGAUAUCUGGGGUAGAGGCCAUUUCCGCUGCGGCAAACGUAUUUCUUGGUAUGACCACAGUUCCAAUUAUGGUCAAGCCAUACUUGAAAGACAUGACGUCAUCGGAGCUCCAUUGCCUUAUAACUGGUGGGUUUGCGACAAUCGCGGGAAGUGUGCUAGGUGCUUACAUAAGCUUUGGUAUCAGUGCCGCUCAUCUUCUGUCAGCUUCCGUGAUAUCAGCACCUGCUGCUAUAGCCGUGUCCAAGAUAUUCUAUCCAGAGACAAAGAGGCCAAAAACCCUGAAAAGCGAUUUUGAAUUUCAAAUGCCCCAAGAGAAGAACAUAAUGGAGGCAAUGGCAAAUGCAGUACAAGAUGGCCUCAAAAUAUGCGCUGCUGUAGCCGCACAACUAAUAGCAAUUAUUGCAGAACUUGCAUUUCUCGACGCUGUCCUUGCUUGGUUGGGUGCGUUGGUGAACUACCCUGAACUAACUUUUUCACUUAUUUGUAGGUAUUUACUCUAUCCCACGUCUUGGCUCAUGGGAGUCGAUACACACGCCGAUUGCCAUACUGUUGCUGAGUUGGUCGGAACGAAAACUUUUGCCAACGAGUUCGUGGCAUAUGGCGAUUUGAGUGUUCUUAUUAAAAACAGAGAAACAGGACUAGGACCGACUCUAACGGUGCGAUCGGAGGUCAUUGCCACAUAUGCCUUGUGUGGAUUUUCGAACCUGGGAAGUAUCGGUGUAAUGAUUGGUUCAUUCGGACCUAUAGCAAGUGACAGGAAAGCUGAAGUAGCUAUACUGUGUUUGCGAGCGAUUGUUGCUGCCACAGUGGCAUGCCUUCUAACUGGAUGCAUUGCUGGUCUGCUGUACGAUGAAGGUCCGCGCUUAUAUGUGCCUGACUCUCUUGUUGGAAAUAUGACGACCGCAGUUUACUGAAGCAUCGACCCCUCAGAUCAUCAACGUACGUGAAUUUGCACACGCGGCAGAACACAAAAACCAAUCCUCAUUAUUCAGACAUAAGUUUUUAUCUUCGCCCAAUGAACCACUAGAUACAGUUUACUUCGAACACUGGUCAUAAAAUGCCAUGAUGACAUAAAUGUGCAUAUGGAAACAAACAAAAACCAAGCAUAUUUCUGUUUCAAAUAAUCAGUGAAUUGCUCUAUAUAAUUACAUGUCAUCCCAUAUACAUGUAGAUCAAAACCAUAUCGUCUCUGGGCGGCUAUUCACCCAUUAACAUCACAUAAUCGCUCCAUUGCUAGAAGAUUUGAAACUGCAAAUAACUCAUCUCGGAGUCCAUGAGAGUUAAUUAAUUUGU